AUGCCUUCUCGCGGCCUUGGCGGGCGUGCUCGGCGCCGCCGCGCGUGCCGGCGGCGCAGGGACGCCGCCGUGGCGAGGGACUGGGCCGGCGGCCUGGGGACGGACGCCCUCCUCGCCAUCUUCCGCCGGCUGGACCACGUCGACGUCCUGCUGGCCGCCGACAACGUGUGCCGCUCCUGGCGCCGCGCCGCUCGGGAGGAGCCCACGCUGUGGCGCCGGAUCACCAUGCGCGGGCACGAGGGGAUCGCGCGCAGGCUCAACCGCGGCGGCAUGGCCUGCGAAGCCGUCCGGCGCGCCGCCGGGCAGUGCGAGGCCUUCUGCGGGGAGUACGCCGGCGACGACGGCUUCCUCAUGGCCCCAUGUCUGAAGAGCCUUCGCCUCAUUUCUUGCAAUUAUGUCUCCAAUGAAGGAUUUACGGAGCCAGUAAAAAAGCUCCCUCUGCUUGAGGAUCUCGAGGUCUCGCUAUGUGAUAACGUGGGCGGUUAUUACGCGUGUGGUUCUGAUCGCCGUUCUGAUGUGUUCGAGGUUGUUGGGGAAGUAUGCCCGAAACUGAAACACUUCAGACGGAGCAACAAACUUUUCGAUGUUAGAGUAUGGUGGAACAAGGACGAUGAUGUCCAAGGGAUUGCAACUAUGCAUGGGUUACGCUCCUUGCAGCUUUUCGGCCAUGCUCUGACCAACGAGGGUCUAGAAACCAUCUUGGACGGCUGUCCCCAUCUGGAGUGCCUUGACAUACGCCAUUGCUUCAACAUUGAUAUGGACGAGGCUCUGCAUCUUAAGUGUGCAGGGAUCAAGACGCUAAGGCUUCCCGAUGACCCAACUGAUGACUAUGACCUCGAGGUUCAUAGCCCUAUAAGGAUGGUUGUGGAGGAGGAAAUCGUUUGGGAUUCUGGUUACUAUUCCGAUGAUUCCGGGGACGACGACUGGGAUUUCUAUGGCGAGCCUUCCCGCUAUGAGAGUGACCUUGACAAGUAUGAAAAGAUGCUUCCAUUGAACAUGCGCACGUUCCUGAAAUAG